CCCGCUAGUGGGUGUAACGCUAGCACAUGUCGACAUGUUUACUGAUAUGAUCGGUUUAUUCUGACGCCUACCACUAGGCGAAUACAUUGGCAAAUUUCUGUCGCCUGCCAGUGGGUUGUUAUAACACUGGCCAUGACUUAUAGAUGAGACUACUGAACUGAGUUUUUUUUUGCAUUAACGGUUUGUCAAGAAACGUUUUGUUAUUGAACUGAAUCUGAUUUUUGUCAUUAAGCGUUUUGUUAUAUUGAAUGGUUUAUCUGGCAUGUUAAAAGUUUUACCCAAGGGCUAUCCAUAUUUACUUACUGAGUUUAUCUCAUAGUUUUCCUUGUCCACCAUUUCAGGAUGCGAAACCGAGGACGGGGAAACCAAGGGGAGUGACGAGUUAGAAGGCUAGCCACUUGUAAUUGAUAUAGAUUUGAGAUACAAAUUCAUUUCGCAGAUUGUUAGCUUAUAAGAGAUUUGAUCUAGAGAUUUUGAAAUAAUUGAUUUGAGUCAUUGGAUGGUCAGAUGUGAUUUGAAUAAGUUCCGAGCCUUGUGCAUUAAUGGGACCUUCUCACGAGUGCACGGCGUCUGUCGCGCCUCGGAUUUGAGUUUUGGGGCGUGACAUCUGGGUAGGAAAGAAAGAAAGAAGGGGAAGAAGAGGGAUUGGGAGGUGAGGGUAAUAAUAUAAUUUUAUUUUUUUA